AUGUCUCACAGCAGCCCCGCUGAUGCCUUGGCCGGAGAUCUGGUCACUUUUGAUCAAUUCAUUCUGCUAGGCGACUCGAUCACGCAGGGUGCGUCAAACCAAGAUAGUGGGUUCGGGUUUGUUCCUGCUCUAGCACAUGAUUACGCUCGCCGGUUGGAUGUUAUCAAUCGUGGCUUCAGUGGAUACAACACUGCCAAUAUAAGAUUGAUAUAUCCUCAGUUCUUCCCACCUCCACACCUUGCUCACGUGCGAUUUCUGCUGCUGUUUUUUGGCGCCAAUGACUCCAUCAUUGACCAGACUUCGAGACAACACGUCUCCAUAGACGAAUUCAAGGCCAAUAUCGAACACAUUGUCAACCACCCGGUCACGCGCCUGCAAAACCCAAAUAUCAUCAUAGUCACUCCACCUCCAAUCUGCGAGCAUCAACAAAGCCAGCUUGAUAUAGAAAAGGGAUUCCCAUUUUUACGCCGACGGGCUGAGAAUACUAGGAAGUAUGCAGAGGUUUGUUUGGAUGUUGCAAGGAGAAUGAACCUCGUUGGAGUUGAUAUUUGGUCGACUUUUAUGAGAGAAGCCGGAUGGAAAGAAGGGCAGGUACUGGAGGGAUCACUAGAGACUCAGAAGAAUGAAGUAUUUCAGAGACUUUUAUAUGAUGGUCUCCAUCUGAGUGCCGACGGGUAUAGACUUCUUUAUAGAGAAGUGACAGAUGCGAUCCGUCAAAAUUUUCCAGACCAAACACCUGAAAAAUUACCAAUUAUAUUUUCAGAGUGGAAUAAUGCCCCUAGAUAUGAUGACUAG